AUGGCCAUAACCGUCACCAUUUUAGUACCUAUUACAUCACCCACUUGUCGCUCUUGUCGCUCUCUUGCUUCCUUCAAUUUCUUUCAAUGUUCUUCCCGUUCCAUUUUGUCUACACCACAAAGCACUUUUAAAUACCCUAAUUUCCGCCUCGUUGCUUCCUCCAUGAAAACCGAAACUCCGCCGAAGACAACUUCCUUCCUCCACCAAAAGGAGACUGGUUUUCUCCAUUUCGCCAAGUAUCACGGUCUCGGAAACGACUUCGUUUUGGUUGAUAAUAGAGACUCUUCUGAACUGAAGAUUAGUUCAGAGAAAGCUGUGCAACUAUGUGAUCGUAACUUUGGUGUUGGCGCGGAUGGAGUUAUUUUUGUCUUGCCUGGAAUCAAUGGCGCUGACUAUACAAUGAGGAUUUUCAACUCUGAUGGUAGUGAGCCUGAGAUGUGUGGCAAUGGAGUGCGAUGCUUUGCCAAAUUUGUUUCUCAGCUUGAGAGCUUACAUGGAAGGCACAGUUUCACAAUACACACUGGUGCUGGGCGGAUAGUUCCUGAAGUCUUGGAGGAUGGAAAUGUCAGAGUUGAUAUGGGGGAACCGGUUCUUAAAGCAUCAGAUGUGCCUACUAAAUUAUCUCCAAAUAAGGAUGGUGCAUCUGUUAAAUCAGAGAUAGAUGUUGACGGAGUUAUCUGGAAUGUGACCUGUGUUAGCAUGGGAAAUCCACACUGUGUAACCUUCAGUAGAAAUGGAGUUCAGAACUUGAUUGUUGAUGAAUUGAAGCUAGCUGAAAUUGGCCCACAAUUUGAACGUCAUGAGAUGUUCCCUGCACGAACUAACACAGAGUUUGUGCAAGUUCUUUCUAAUUCCCACUUGAAGAUGCGUGUUUGGGAGCGUGGAGCAGCGGAAACUCUUGCUUGUGGAACUGGAGCUUGUGCUACUGUUGUUGCAGCAGUUCUUGAGGGCCGUGCUGGGCGAAACUGCAGAGUUGAUCUACCUGGAGGGCCUCUUCAGAUUGAAUGGAAGGAUGAAGAUAAUCAUGUCUAUAUGACUGGUUCAGCUGAUCUAGUGUAUUAUGGAUCUUUGCCUCUUUGA